AGUGUGACCUCCUCGAAACUGGGCAGCUCCUUUAGUCUGGACGUUGAUGGCAGGACAAAGAGGCGCCUGCACCAUGAGCGACGACAUGGUAGAGAGGAGCUUGGAAGGACCCUCGACACUCACUACAGACAAGCCCUCCCAGAAAAGGGGAGACGUGGUGGAAAUAUUAAAUGGGGAGAAGGUGAAAUUUGACGACACGAAACUUUCCUUAAUUCUUCAGAACGGCCUGGAGAGCCUCCGAGAGGAAAAUGCCUUGACAGAUGUCAUCCUGUGUGUGGACGUCCAGGAGUUUUCUUGCCAUCGUGUGGUACUUGCUGCAGCCAGCAACUAUUUCAGGGCCAUGUUCUGCAACGACUUAAAGGAGAAGUAUGAGAAGAGGAUCAUCAUUAAAGGGGUGGACGCUGAGACCAUGCACGCUCUCCUGAACUACACGUACACAAGCAAGGCUCUGAUCACCAAGCAGAAUGUUCAGCGCAUUCUGGAGGCUGCCAAUCUUUUCCAGUUUCUGCAGCUGGUGGACGCCUGUGCCAGCUUCCUCACAGAAGCCUUGAACCCAGAAAAUUGCAUUGGAAUACUGAGGCUGGCGGACACACACUCCUUGGACAGUUUAAAGACGCAAGUUCAAAGCUACAUCAUUCAAAACUUCGUUCAGAUUCUGAACUCUGAGGAGUUCCUGGAACUUCCGGUGGAUACCUUGUAUCACAUCUUGAAGAGUGACGACCUUUGUGUGACGGAGGAGGCUCAGGUGUUUGAGACCGUGAUGAGCUGGGUCCGCCACAAACAGUCAGAACGACUCUGCCUCCUCCCUUGUGUUCUCGAGAAUGUGCGCUUACCGCUUCUGGACCCGUGGUACUUCGUGGAGAUGGUUGAAGCAGAUCCUCUCAUUAGACAGUGUCCUGAGGUCUUCCCACUGCUGCAGGAAGCCAGGAUGUACCACCUCUCUGGCAAUGAGAUUAUUUCAGAGCGCACCAAGCCCAGGAUGCACGAGUUCCAGUCUGAGGUGUUCAUGAUUAUUGGCGGCUGUACCAAAGAGGAACGGUUUGUGGCAGAGGUGACCUGCCUGGAUCCCCUGAGGCGCAGUCGCCUGGAGGUGGCCAAGCUCCCACUGACAGAGCAUGAGCUGGAGAGUGAGAAUAAGAAGUGGGUGGAGUUUGCCUGUGUGACAUUAAAAAACGAGGUCUACAUCUCAGGUGGCAAAGAAACACAGCAUGAUGUUUGGAAAUAUAAUUCUUCAAUCAACAAAUGGAUUCAGAUAGAAUAUUUAAACAUAGGCCGCUGGAGGCAUAAGAUGGUCGUGUUGGGUGGCAAAGUCUAUGUAAUUGGGGGCUUUGACGGCUUACAAAGGAUCAACAAUGUGGAGACUUAUGACCCCUUCCACAACUGCUGGUCAGAGGCCGCACCCCUGCUUGUCCAUGUCAGUUCCUUUGCGGCUGCUAGCCACAAGAAGAAGCUGUAUGUCAUUGGAGGAGGACCCAAUGGGAAGCUGGCCACAGACAAGACUCAGUGUUAUGAUCCUUCGACCAAUAAAUGGGUUUUGAAGUCGGCCAUGCCAGUAGAGGCUAAAUGCAUCAAUGCAGUGAGUUUCCAGGAUCACAUCUAUGUUGUUGGCGGUGCCAUGCGAGCGCUCUAUGCCUACAGCCCCCUGGAAGACAGCUGGUGCCUGGUGACGCAGCUCAGUCAUGAGCGGGCCAGCUGCGGCAUCGCGCCCUGCAACAACAAGCUCUACGUCACCGGCGGCAGGGACGAGAAGAACGAGGUCAUCGCCACCGUGCUCUGCUGGGACCCCGAGGCUCGGAAGCUGACGGAGGAAUGUGUCCUGCCGCGCGGCGUGUCCCACCAUGGCAGCGUCACCAUCAGGAAGUCGUAUACCCACAUCCGGCGGGUUGUGCCGGGGGCCGUGUCUGUGUGACUGCCAGGGGACCCUCAAGGAGGUGCCCUCGGAGCCUCUGAGCGCUGACUCGGCACCCUGGCUCGCUCAGGUCCCUUGUGAGCCUUAGGCUUGACUUGGAUUCAGCACCCUGGCUCGCUCAGGUCCCUUGCGAGCCUUAGGCUUGGCUUGGAUUCUGCACCCUGGCUCGCUCAGGGCUCAGGUCCCUUGCGAGCCUUAGGCUUGGCUUGGAUUCUGCACCCUGGCUUGCUCAGGUCCCUUUCGAGCCUUAGGCUUGGCUUGGAUUCAGCACCCUGGCUCGCUCAGGUCCCUUGCGAGCCUUAGGCUUGGCUUGGGUUUAAGGCUUAUCGUGGGGGCACCUUAUGAGACCAGCCGGGAAUGCUUGUGUGACCGACCUACCUCAGGAUGAAGGGUAAUGUUUAACAUUCCAUACAUGCCUACCCGCCCUGGCCUGUGCCAGCCACUCAUCCAUGGUAAUUCGCUGAACCGUGGUAAUGACCUGCUGCUGGAUAGUAUCACGCCUGCCUUGGAGGUGAAGAAAAGGAAUUUCAGACAGGCCAGCUUUCACCAGCUCACUCAGAGAGCAAGCAGCUAAGCCAGAAUAAACCCCAGGUCUUUCCAUGUCAGUCGGCGUCUCUCACACCACACGGCUGAACUCGGGAAAACUGAAAGCCAACCCUAAACUUGGCUGGUGUCUCCUGGCAGCGUGGCUGAAGACAAAGGAAUAACGGAGUUUUUCUGUGCUGUCCUCCUUUUAUUCCUUGUCCGUAGGAGACACUGGUCUUGGAGCCUUUUGGGCCGCUGGUCAAGAGCAUCUCUGACGAUCUCCCACCGGACACGUCUGCUGGGACUAGCCUGGGAAGGCCCAUUUGUUUUGAAAAAAGGGAAAGACAUGUCCCGUUUCCCCCACAUCGUAACUGUUGUUUUUGAUUACAGGAUGUGUGUGCCAUUUUGGACUAGAACUAUCACAGCCAGUUAGUGGCUGGGGGUGGCUGGCUCCGUGGAUACAGCUCUUGCUGUACAAGCCUGAAGACCAGUGUUCGGAGCCUAGAGCACACGUGGAAGCAGAGCAGGCGUGGCUGCCUGAAGUCCCAGUGCUUGGGAAGCACACCCAGGGCUUCCCUAGGGCAAGCUGGGCAGGUCAGUCAGUCAGGAGACCGUGUCCGUGAAUGAAAACCGAGUGUGAUUGCCUGGAAGAGGGCUCAGCCGUGGGAAGUGGGGAGUGACUGAGGAAGUCAUUUGACGUCAACUUGGGGUCUUCACACUUGUGAACACACACCCACACCACACACACACAUUAAAAAAAUAAAAUCGAAUUAAAAAUUUAAAAACGUUUUUGAAGUAUUACCUUACCUUCUCAAUGGUUUGGUGUCCUGGCCUCUCAGGGUGCAAAUACUGUUUUGUGUUUUCUCUCCCCAGCUCUCGGGAACACCUUCAGACUACUGGCCACGCCUUCUAAACAGUGCUCCAUUAUCCAAGAUGCCUUAUUCUCAUGGCAGAAGCUCUCUUUGUAGAGUUGCACUUC